CAGGAAACAAGGUGCUGGCUGAAGUUCAGGAAGUAGUGCAGCUGGGCAUAAAGCCCAUUAGGAGCGUAAAAUUAAGGAUACCUCCAACACAGAUCCGACUGACUCAAACACUGUUUAAAUCAAUGUAAUUUUCAAGUGACGUUCUAGGAAAAAAAUUUCAGUCUUGUGACGAAUAUUCUCACUUGAACUGUUGCAGGAAGUUCUCAGAUUAACCUUUGACCGUUGUAAACCAAAUUUCUUGUUUUCUGUUAGUUGUGUAUUAAGUUGCAGUUCAAGAAUUUCGGCACCAUUUCCAACUUUCGUCAAAAAUCAUGGGAGUGUAGUCAAAUGGGUGUGGCAAGACAUACAAAUACACUCUCCCCAGUCACAUGCUCCAGUGCAGGUGUGUGAUUCUACACUGCUUAUAUACUGAGUAUACUGAACCUGAGAACCCUUCUUGCCAUUUACUGAGUUUAACAUGGCCCAGCCUUAUUCUAGCCCAGCGGCUGUACCACCUGGUUUGGAGUACCUUUCACAGAUUGACCAGAUAUUAGUCCAUCAAAAGAUUGAGCUCCUUGAAGCCAUUAUUGGCUUUGAGACUAAUAAUCAGUAUGAGAUUAAGAACAGCCUGGGUCAAAAGAUCUUCAACGCUAAAGAAAACACUGACUGCUGCACACGGAAUAUCUGUGGUCCUCUGAGGAGCUUUGAUCUGCAGAUAACAGAUAAUUUUGAUCAGGAAGUGAUUCACUUAAUAAGGCCUUACCGCUGCACGUCCUGCUGUUUCCCCUGCUGUCUUCAAGAGAUGGAAGUGCAGUCUCCUCCAGGGAAUACAAUUGGCUAUGUCAAGCAAGACUGGCAUGUGUUUAGGCCCAUGUUCUCUAUCUAUGACAUGUCCAAAACAAAGGUGCUGUCCAUCGAGGGGCCUGUGUGUGCCGUAAGCUGCUGUGGGGAUGUGGAUUUCGACGUUACCGGGAAGGACGGGCAUCCAGUUGGUCGUAUCAGUAAACAGUGGACUGGCCUGAUCAAAGAGUCACUGACUGAUACAGACAAUUUUGGGAUUAACUUCCCCAUGGACUUGGACGUGAGGAUGAAAGCAGUUCUGCUGGGAGCAUGUUUCCUUAUAGACUUCAUGUUCUUUGAGGCGACUGGUGACUCAGGACAGCGAUGCAGUGUGUUUGGCUAAUAGGGAGUGUGAGAAAGAUUGUGGUUCUUGAUGAGAUAUCUUGAUGGUAUACUCGUAUGUAGUAUCAAAGUUGAAUAUACUUCUUUGUAUGUGUUCUAAAGUCAGGAAAAUCACCAUAAAAGCAUCUUAAUCCAGACUGGCUCUAGAACGGGUUUUUUAGUGUUGAUUUUUUGCUUUUGUGAAAAAUGUUAAAUAAAG